AUGGCAAAUGCCAUGGCCAUGGCUCAACCCUAUCCAGUUCAUGGUGGCAUGCAACAGCAUCCAGGACUACCUCAUGGACAUCCAAUGGCGCAGGGACAACCCCACAUGGGCGGACAGGCACAGGGAAUGAUACCUGGCAUGCAUGGAGGACCACAAGUAACGCAAGGAGGUCCGAUGGUCAGUGGUAUGCCACCUGGAGCUGGAAUAGCUGCGCCGGGCGGACCUACUCAGAGUGCGCAUGCUAUGGCACACUUGGGUCCACCCCCAGCAAUGUUUCAGCAACACCCGGGAAUGCCAUUUCAGAACCCGAAUAUGCUCCAACAACAGCAAAUCCUUCAACAGCAAAGACACCGGCAGCAACAACAGAAUGCUAUGCUUCAUCAACAACAACAGCAGCAGCAGCAGCAGCAAGUACAGCACAGCGGAAUGAUGACUGGCCCAAACGGACACCAGAUGACUCCAGGCCAAAUCGCUCAGAUGAGAGCUAUGCCAUUACAGUUACAGAUGAUGCACCAACAGCAGCAACAGGCGCAACACCCACAACAUCUCCAAGCACAACCAGGUCAACCACAUCCUCAGAGUAUGCCGCAGCAGCAUGUACACAAUCAGCAAAUACUAGCCCAGCAACAGGCAGCUGUUAUUCAGCAACGAAAUGCUACGGUGAUGCAGAUGCAAGAAAGCCAGAAUGCGACCAGUCAAGCACAACCAUCGCAAGGUGUUCCUGCUCGUCCUCACAGCGCCGCCGCAACCCAAGCGCCGCCACAACAACCCGUUCCUCAGCAACCACCGCAGCCUCCGCCAACACCACAAUCCCAGCCUCAAACACAAACACCUCAGCAACAGCAACAGCAACUGCCUCCUCAACCCGGACAACCUAACCAGCAGCAGAGGGAGCAGAGAGAGCAGAGGGAGCAGCGGGAGCAGCAGCAGCAGCAGCAACAACAACAACAGCAGCGGGAGCAGCAGCAGCAACAACAGCAGCAGCAACAACAGCAACAGCAACAACAGCAGCAGCAACAACAACAGCAGCAGCAGCAUCAGCAGCAUCAUACGCAGCAACAACAGGCUCAACAACAGGUUCAGCAGCACGCUCAGCAGCAACAGCAACAGCAACAACUAGUGCAACAAGAUGCUCAGGCGCGACAGCAGCCACAACAACAGCACCAGCAGCGAAAUGCCCCGGUCAACCAUAUGAUUCAGCAGCCUGAUAUACACAAAAUCAUGAGUGGUCAAGUCGUUCUGCGCCUUCUAUCUUUCAUCGACCGUCUCAGCUCUCCCGAACCUCAACAAGCUAGCAAAUUUGAGUUCUGGGAGGAGUUCGUUGCUCAGCACUUUGCUCCUGGGGGUUCCCUGCAGCAUCAACUUGUAAACAUGACUGAUGGCAGCGACAAGAGAUUUCGGAUUUCUUACCCGGCGCUUGCAUAUUACUAUCACUCGCACUUUACAAGCGGCAUCCGGACGAUGACUAUGCAACCCCAAGGAGCUAUCGAAAGACCGCUGCCGAUGGGGUGUCACGCCGUACUCUUCCAACGCUGCACCUUUACUCAUGUCUUUCACAAUGAACACCAAGUUGUCUCGACGGGCACCCUGAAGGUGAACUUUGAUGCCAACCAAAAGAUCGAGUAUCUCGACAUUGGCACCAGCAAAUGGGUUGAGUACGUUCCUCGACUGCACCUGACGCCGGUAGAGUCACCGGAUAUGAAAAGCCCAAAGCUCAACAAGAAUAUGAAAAAGGCUGCACCACGGCCGUCGCCGCCUACCAGCGUUGCGCAACCUCGAUCGAUGGUGAACAAAAACGGCAUUACCGAUGGUGUUAUGCAAAACCUAGAGAUAGCGGAAGCUUUGACCUUGAUGGAGACGCUUUUCCAGUACUCGCAGAACCACGAGAAUCUCACACCAGCCGAGGCAUUGAACAAUCUAGUGCAAGAUACGGCCCGGGGCGCGCACAACAUCGCUGCGGGCAUACCGCAAGGCAACUUCAACAAUAUGGCACCCAACGGCGUAUCGGGGCAGCGGACUCCAGUCAUGCACGGCGGGGAGCAGUUUGCUUCACCGGCAUUGCAAAAUCUUGGUCUACCGCAACAAGGGUCACCGCACAUUGGAGGUCCAGCACAUAGUCCGAGCCCAGCACACAUGCAUAUGGCAGGUCCAGUGGCAAUGGUACAUCAACACAGUCAGCAAGGCUCGAAUCUAAGUGGCAGCCAGGGUGCCAGUGCAAACACCAGCCCGAAUGUGCCGAACAAGCGGCGACGAGCUAGUGGCAUCAAGCUUGAAGAUGAUGGUGGAGAAAUGAACGGGAGCGCGGCAAACAAAGUCAAACCAAGUCCCAGGAUAGGCGGGAAGCGGCAGAAGGGAACCGCAUGA